GGGAGAUAGAGAUAGAUAGAGAGAGAGAGAGAGAGAGAGGAGAGGAGAGGACGACGACAACGGACCGUGGACGGCUAUGGACGGACUGGUCGCCGACGAUGCGUCAGUUCACUGGAAGUUGCAUGCAUUAUCCAAUUCUUUAUGUGACUAUGAAGUGGAAAUCCGAAUUGUUGGCCUUGAAAGCUUUGUCAUUUAGAUUGAGCCUGAUUUGUCUUCUUUGUGGAAGUUCUAUUAUCUAAACUCAGUGGGAUGACAAGAAAGCAGAAGUGAUUAAGAUUCAAGAACAGAUAAAAGAAUUGGAAGUCAAGUAAGAAGGUAAAUGACUAAGAUGCCGUUCAAAGUUCACUUUUGUCGCAACAAACUAAACUCAGGAAGGGUGAUGCUGACCAGAUUGUACUGUUCAAGUGAAGCAAUAGAAGAAGUUUCUGAUACCACUAAAAGAAUAUGCAAAAUAAUGAUCUCUUGCCCAAAAUUAGGGCUUGAUACCCUCCUUGACCAGAGUGGGGUAAGGGUUUCACCAGAUGUUGUUGAAGAAGUACUCAAAAGAUUUGAAAAUGCUGGAAUGCUGACAUAUCGGUUCUUUGAAUGGGCUGGGAAACAACAUAAGUAUGAGCACAGCAUCAGAGCUUACCACUCUAUGAUUGAGUCUCUGGCCAAGAUAAGGCAAUAUAAAAUUGUGUGGGAUCUUGUGAACAGUAUGAGGAGCAAGAGAAUACUGAACAUUGAGACAUUUUGUAUUAUUAUGAGAAAGUAUGCCAGGGCCCAGAAGAUAGAGGAGGCAAUAUACACAUUCAACAUAAUGGAAAAAUAUGAUGUGCCACCAACUUUAGCAGCAUUUAAUGGCUUGUUGAGUGCUCUGUGUAAAGCCAAGAACGUGAGGAAAGCCCAAGAGAUUUUUGAUCAAAUGAAAGAUCGAUACAUUCCUGAUUUAAAAACCUACAGUAUAUUGAUAGAGGGGUGGGGAAGGGCUCCAAAUUUGCCAAAGGCAAGGGAAAUUUUCAGGGAGAUGAUUGACAUGGGUUGCAAUCCCGAUGAAGUAACCUACAGCAUUAUUGUUGACAUUCUCUGUAAAGCUGGAAGGGUCGAUGAAGCUGUUGAACUUGUUAAGAAUAUGUGUGCUGAGGGUUGUAGGCCAACGACAUUUAUUUAUAGUGUUCUAAUUCAUACUUAUGGAGUUGAGAAUCGGAUUGAAGAUGCUGUUGAUACAUUCUUUAAAAUGGAAAGUAAUGGAGUCAAGGCUGAUGUGGCUGUGUACAAUGCUUUGAUAAGUGCUUUCUGUAAAGUAAACAAGUUCCAGAAUGCAUUUAGGGUUUUGCAUGACAUGGAUACCAAGGGGGUCACACCCAAUUCAAGGACUUGCAAUAUCAUUCUAAACAGCUUCAUAGGCCGUGGUGAGACUGAUGAAGCUUUUAGUUUCUUCCGUCGUAUGAUCAAGAUUUGUGAGCCAGAUGCAGACACCUAUACGAUGAUGAUAAAGAUAUUUUGUGAAGCAGAUGAACUCGAGAUGGCUCAUAAGGUCUGGAAGUACAUGAAGUCAAAACAUUUUGUUCCAAGCAUGCACAUGUUUUCUGCACUAAUAAACGGAUUGUGUGAGAAGGGUGAUGUUUCAAGGGCUUGUGUUUUAAUGGAAGAGAUGAUAGAGAAAGGAAUGCGGCCAUCAAGGGUGACAUUUGGGAGGCUAAGACAAUUGCUCAUAAAAGAAGGAAGACAAGACGUGCUUGAAUUUCUGAACGACAAAUUGAAUCUUCUGGUCAAGGAACCCUUAUGUGAUUGAGGGCACCCUGUACUAAACGUGCUAAUGAAUAGUCAAGACUGUUUUUUGCAUGGAUCACUAGCAGCAGGAAAUCAGAGACUGGUGUUUACAAUGACAGGCAAAAUAUAAAAGCAAUAGUGAAAGAACUAAAAAAGCGAGGGCCAUAAAAGAAGGCAGGCACUAUCUACUUUUAAGACAUUCUUGUGGUGUUAAUUUCAUUGAAAAUCGGGGCAGCAUCUGGUCUCGCCGGGGGGGCAUUCGGGGAAAAAAAAAGUCCUAAGCUUCAGGUGGAUGCAGUGUCAAGAGGAGGGUGCUUGGUGUUCUAUGAUUCUUUCAUUUGUGUAUGUUUGGUUCUGUUGUUAACAGUUUUGAGUAGCCACUUUGUGCAAAAGAUAUGGUUGCUUCCAUCUCUGUUCUUAAUUUAUAUGCUUUGUGUUAGAACUUUGAAGCAUUAUUAUGGACUUUGUUGAUUGUUUCUCAUCAUAGAAAAUCUUCCUUCUAUGGAUUUUCUUGUUUUA